AUGCCAGGCAAGUUUGCCGAACAGUCACUCUCAUCGCCCAGCGAUCGCGUGACCCCUAACGCCAAACAGAAGCGAAAAAAUACCCCGGGACCCUCACCCUCGAUUCUUCGAAAGAAUCUCCGAAACGGCACGUACAAGGCCUACCUACUCGCUGAGGGCGGAUACCGUUUGCUGGCGAAGCCACUCGUUGUCAACCUGGGCAGUCCAAGCGAUCUGGCCUUGUUCACGAGCUCAAUCACCACCCACAAUGCUCGUCGCGGAGACUCCUUCACUGCCAACAUCGGAAACCUUGUCAACCGCGCCGGCGAUCCGAAUACCCGCUUCUCUGCUCCAGAAUGCGAUUGUUGGGCCAAGGUCGAUGACGAUGGUAUCAUCACCGGAGUCCCACCAGCCGACGCCCACGAUACCACCAUCCGUGUUCACGUCACAAAUGGCAAGGCGUCUGCUAAGCUUCAGGUUCACAUUCCUGUUCGAAAGCAACGACAACCAUUGGUUGAGACGUUACGCGUCUUGAGCUUCAACCUCUGGGUUGGCGGCCAGAUGGUGAACAAUCACCACGAAAAGCAGGUUCGCUUCUUGGCGCAGUCAAACAUUGACAUCGCCGGCAUGCAGGAAAGCGGCGGCGGACAUGGAACUCGCCUUGCUCGUGCACUUGGCUGGUACUCCUGGCAAGGUCCCACCGUGUCCAUCAUCACUCGCUACCCGAUCGCAGAGGUCCUCGAGGCCCCCAACAAGUCUGUUGCUGUUCGCAUCAGUCUCGAUGGCACGGCGAACGACAUUAUAUUCUGGAAUUGCCAUUUGGGCUACGAUCCGUAUGGGCCGUAUGACUUCUGCUUUGAUCACAUGAGCUUCGACCAGGUCAUGCGGCGUGAGGCUCAAUCAGGCCGAACCCCAGAAAUCAUGGCCAUCAUGGCAAGCAUGCAGGGCAGUCUGGCUAAUGCUGACGAUGUUCCGAUGUUUUUGACGGGCGACUUUAACGCGCCUUCACAUCUUGAUUGGAUUGAUGCAACAAAGGAUCAGCACUGUGGCAGGGGCUAUACGGAGUGGCCAACGUCAAAAUUCCCUGCGGAUUCCGGCUUGAUAGACUCGUAUCGGGUUGUCCACCCGAGUCCUGUCUCUAAGCCUGGGAUUACCUGGUCUCCGAUCUACCUUGAGAACCAAGGCAGAAAAGAGCCCUUGGACCGCAUUGACUUUGUUUAUCACAAGGGUCGAAAGCUCGCCGUGGAGGACUCGACAGCACUGGUUGCGGGAAAGCCGGCUCCCCAGCCCAGACACGCGGACAAUGAGUGGACUUCUGACCACAAAGCUGUCCUCACAGUUUACAGGUUCAUCGAUUCGGCGUCGGGAAACUGUGAAGCUGGGUCGGCAUGA